AGGAUGAAUCAAUAAAACGAAUGUAAAAACCAUCAUUAAUAACAAUAAAAAAUGUCCUUCAUUUUCUUUUACAUUUUAAAAGUUUUCUUGGCACCCACAUUGACCAAUUAAUUAUAAGGGUAGUGAAUAUUCUAGUGAAUAUCAUGCCAUAAGAAUAUUCCUAACUGUUUUCGAGAUUUUCAGUUUUAAAGUGGGAGACCUUGACACCAUUGGUUAAAAUAAUCGUUAUUUUAAUUAUUUUUAUUCGCAUUAGUUUGGAUCCUUAAUAAUAUUUGUAGAGAAUAUUCCUCUGAAUAGUUAACAUAGAAUAUACCACAUAUUUUUGAAAAUUUUAGGCUUUGAAUUCGAAAUUUUUUUUCUUGCAUCUGCAAUAAAAAACUAUCAGGUCAAUUUAAAUCCAUAUGCUGCCUAAAAAAAGUUUUAGGAUAAAACCUUUCUCAUAAAUCUAUAAAAAUGCAUAGCCCAACCAAAUUAAUAUAACCGCAACUGAAAAAUUCGUACUUUCAAAACUUUCACUUGGCUAUUAUUUAUACGCGUUUCAUUCGGGUCUAAAUGUCCGAUAGCGAAGUGUAAAUGGCACCUUUUUAUUUACCUAAGAGCUCUCGUGAUUUCACUUUUAAUGCAAAUGCAUUUAAGAUGGUUGAGUUACGUCGGAAAGAAGCAUGUUCGUUUAUAAAUUAGUAGGUCAAACUAUACGUAUUUAUUAAAGUUGAUCAAUAGUAGAAAAUUCAUUAGGCUGAUGCAAACGCAGGGAUUUUAUUAAGAAAGCAUUAGUCGACCAACAGAGUCUCCAACCUGACAGCAGCGACCUAUCGUCAACAUAACAUCGCCGACCCCGAUUAAAACAUGUCAAUUAUUCAACAAGAACACACAUUUAUCUCGCACGAUCCCAUUUUAAAUUUCGUUUUCUAUUUAAACAAACUUGUACAUUUCACAAUCCUCAUCUGCUGUCGCAAGCCCACCUAAUCUACUAAUUACUGCUCGCUUUCAUCGGUUUGUGCAGCGUUGCACUUGACCUACUGUCCCAGUUUUGUCCAAGUCAUGUGCAUCAGACUUAUUUUUACGCUUUUGCCUUACGAGAUAUACAUCGGCAACAAUGUCGUGUUAUUUUCGGGUCAGCCCGUUGCAUAUUAAGUACGUGGUAUGCACGCUACUCAGUGAAUAAAAAAAUUAUCAUUAAAAGUAUCGUAAUUAUUAUUUAUCGAGCAUAUAAAAAUGAGGUGCAGAGCGAGAAACCGUCCUAUUUACUGUUUAAGAAAUAUUAAAAAAAAAGGGAAGAAUCAGUGGUAGUUAACUCACAAGCCUAUACAGGUCUGGUCCACUCAGCUUUUGCGUUCGCUAUCAAUUAAUGCAUUCAUUGGCACAAACAAAACUCAACUGCAAUCAAUCAAUCAAUCAAUGCUUUAUUGUCAAGAUAUGGAACUUUUGACCAACUCUGAAUGUGGGGUUGCUAGGUAUAGAUCAUGUUCUGUGUUUCUAAGUGGAUAACUAUGGGGAGGCCUAUCAGAUGCUGAACCGUGUUUGCGUAUUAGACAAAUAUGAAUAAAGAUGAAAGAGUUAAUAUUUUAAAUUUUUUGAAGAAAUGCUGGCAAUGACUUUUGUAUUUAAGUCUCAGUAUAUAACGUAAAGCCCUCCUUUGUAGUCUAAAAAUUCGGUCAAAUUGAGUUGCAGUACAUGUACCCCAGAAUGGAAGGGCGUAUCGAAGGUGCAACCUUCAAAGCUCACAAACUGAUCCUGGCAGCAUGCAGCAAACAUCUGGCGGACCUCUUCGAGACCGCUCCCUAUCACCAGAACCUCCUGGUUAUUUUAGACGGCACCUCCGCUUCGAAUAUGGCCGCCCUACUUGAAUUUAUGUACAAAGGAGAGGUUCACGUCUCGCAGGAUGCUUUAUCCAGUUUUCUAAAAGCAGCCGAAUGUUUGCAAGUGAAAGGUUUGAGUAUUGAGCAUGAAAAAUUAGCGGUCGCUCAAAGUCAGACCCAGCGGCAACAGGAAAUGGAGGCGGCAGCACUACCUCUCGACUCGCCGACGAGGAAAAGGUUUAAGAUAUUAAAAGAGGAUACUGAAAAUAAUCAGCCGAACCAUCAGCAAUCCAGCCCGUCACCGAGUUAUUCACCUAAAAUGUCACCGUAUAUGCCGCACCCUUAUAGACCGUAUGAACGCUUACCGACCACCAAUUCUCAGUACGAACUUAAACAUCCUAGAUCGCCUAACGACUUAGUCCAAGAAAACCGCGCUUCUGUGCUACGAGAUGGCAGCAAACAAACGGCCUCGCCCACCCCACACUCGAUGAACUAUCACAGACCUUCUUCAAGCACCUCAUGUUCCGCCCCACCUCACCACAGCGACGUAGACGUUCUACCUGAGGCUGAAAAUAAUAUGUAUGACGGCACAGAUCGAGCCACUGCCCUGAUUUGCCCAGAAACCACUAAGCCAGACCGAUGCCAAGAUCCUGGAUGCCCUGAAGAUUUACGAAUGAAAAUGGAGCCAGCAGUACAGCAGGAUGAGCCUCCAUCAAGUACCGGAGGAGGUACAACAGGAGGACACGCUCCGGGUUUAUCCCCAUUGAACCACGUGGGAUCGUCACCUCCCAACGGGAAUAUAGGAACAACGAAAACGUUUGAAUAUGACAGAGACAAGACGGAUUUGAUACCUACUACUUUAUGGAACUCUACGACUGGGAAGCUCAGCCAUCACAAGCAGACCACCGUGAAUACGCCAGACGGAAAAAAACUGAAAUGCCCCUUUUGCGAACGACUCUACGGCUACGAAACCAACUUAAGGGCGCACAUUAGACAGCGACACCAAGGGAUCAGAGUACCGUGUCCAUUCUGUUCUCGUACAUUUACCAGGAACAAUACGGUACGUAGACACAUAGCGCGGGAACAUAAGACCGAAAUGAGCCUUAAGGCAUUUCACAACCAACAGCAACCUUGAACGCCUGAGGAUGCAUUCCUAUGCGUCCGAAACCCUUAUAUUAAAUUCGUAAUGUAAAUAUUAAAAAAAAAAAAAGGAUUGGGCGUUCAGUCACCUUGUAUUUGUUAUGAAGUGUCAUUUAUUAAUAACAAAUUUAUUAUUAUUAUUAAUUGCUACGGGUAUUUUUAAAUCAGGGAGUUGCUUCAAAGCAACCUACUAGUUGUUUUGUUUUAUUUUUUUUUCUACGUUUUAUUUAGUUGUUACCGUUAAAAACUAUUUUGUUGUACUUAUAUGGUAAAUAUUUUAAUUUAGAUAGAGGUUAUUGUAUAGUCUUCGUCUCAGGGAUAAUAUAAAUGUUGAUUGUUAAGGGUUCUAACUUGGACUCUAACCCGUUAGAUUUGAAGUGCAAGUCCAUAUUAUAUAAGGUUAUGUAUGGUUGUUUUAGAAAUAACCUUAAUUUUGAUAUACACAAGCGUCAUGAAAUAAAUAUUCUUUAAUAUUGUCACUGUUUGUUGGUAUAAGGUGUGUCCUAAAGGUAUUUGUAUAUUGUCCAUUGUUUUUUUCUGAAUCUAAAUAAAAUUCGUAUUAUGUGCAAUACGUACAUUAACUUGACCCAAACUUUACUUUUUAAAACUAAGUAAAAAGCAGUACAAAAUACUAGUGGAUUUUGCACUAUUUAAAUAUUUGUACUGAAAAUGCACUGUGUAUAUCGAGAUUACUUUCAAUUGUGAAAUACUUACUAAAAAAUUGCCAAUAAUUUUGAUUUUUUUUAACUAAACAUUCUUUAGAAUAUUCUGCUUAAUAAAUAAAAAAAUAUUCUCAUUAGUUAACAAGACUUCAAAUGAGGCAACAUUCUUGAUACGACUGCUCAAAAUUACCACUACUUCAUAAUUCUCAAAUUCCAUUAUAUUUCUUAUGUACCUUUAAUUCAAUAAUUUAUGUUGCAACUAAGGAACUACAUUUUCAAUUAUAUCUUCAAUUUGAAAACAACAAAAGCAAAGACAGAUACCGUUGGGACACACCUCGUAUAUUGUAAAAUUAAGGCCAACUUUAAAAGUUUAUUGAGUAAGAAACUUUGCAUACAAGCUUGCAAAAACUACGUGUCUUGUAAAAAUCAUCAAUAUAUCCAUCUCAACCAGCAUAAGAUAUUGCCAUAAUAUGUUCAGACGGACAGAUUUGUACAUAUACCGAUCUACAUUUAAGAAUUUGAAUAUUACUAGUCAGUUCCGCUACAUUUUACAAUUUCCUUACAGUAUUUAUAUCUACCAAUGUAAAUAGUAAUUUAUGCAAACUAAAUAGUCUGUUAAUAAUGUUAACGUUGUCUCAACAGUUUUUGAGAUGUUCCCUCCUGACCUCUGGGAUAUAUAGCAACUUGUCUACCUCAUUUUUACAUGACAAACUCUUAUAGGCUUUAUAAUAAGUAUAUUUUUUAUUUAAUACGUUAUAUAUUUAAUAAUUUUAGCUUUAUACACAGUGAUUCCUAUAUAACUAAAUAAUGCAAUAAUAUUUUUAUUGUAACCCGGUUAGCAUGCCUAAUUAAGAGAAUUAAAUAAAGUUUCUUGAUUAGGCGUGUUAACUGGCUUAUGAUCACAACAAUACGACCUACUACCUCAAACCAUAGAUUUACAAUAGUAUUUUUUAAAUGGAGAUUGAAAAUAUAUAUUUAAUUGAUUUUUCGGCCAAAUUUAAAAUAAUAAAUAUAGGGCGAAGAAAUUAAAUUCAUAAGAUCCAAGCUGACCUCCAUAAAUCAAAGGUGUAUAGCGUAACCUCUCUUUUCUUAUUUUAUUUAGCAGUUAAUAUGAUCCUGAUAGCUCAAGUUCAAAUUCGAGCAAUUGAAGAAAACGGAACCAGUGUGUGUUGAACUGUACUCUAACAUUGGUAGACAUAUCAACUCCUACCAUACUUUAAUUAUAGAAUGCUGAAGUAAAACCUGCAUGUACCAAGCAUAAAUCAAGUUUAAGUAAAGAAAUUCUUGAAUUAGCUAAGUUUUGAUUACGGUAGAGUAUCAGCAAACCGUAAACAUACAUCAUGAUUGCAGGCCUUUAUAGCCUGCUAUUAAGAUGUUCCUGAUUCUAGUUGACUGUUUCAAGAAUCUGUACCAAUAAGUUUUCAUGGAUGCAGUAAUUUAGACUAAUAAAGAGCAUUAAUCUCUGAAUCAGAACAUUGAAGAGAGCACCUAGAAUUAUUAUCAGAGAAUUGAAUAUUUUGAAUUAAAUAUAUAAACUUUCUCAUUAGCAGUUUCCCAUAACAUUGCCAUUGUGACUUAUCCCUAGUUUUAUCCCUAAUGUUGUUUAUUCUUAGACAGUUAAUUUUUUUUUCUAAAAGCUUCAUUAAAUUACGAAAUCUGCUGGGAAAGAAGAAUUGAAUUAAACAAAAACCGAAUGCAAUAUCAUCUCGUCCAGGUGUUAUGGAAAUAACAUUUACUACCUAGAAGUACUCUAGUUUUAUUUCAAGAAUAUGAAAUGCCUGGAAGAAAGAAGCGAAUGCCUGGAAACUGCCCUUAUUUCAAAUGAAAUGCCUAGGAGAAACCAGGACAAACGGUGCUAUUCUGGAUGAAACUUUGACAUAGCAGUGGCAUGUAGAGCCAAACUGUCCAUGCCUGGAUUUGCCUUAUCGGUAAUUUGUCGGUUUCCUUAUCUAGAUGUACUUUAUGCUGAUGAUACUAACUUAAUUUCAGAUAUUUUUUCUUAAAUAACUGCCUGAGCACUUACCCUAGUUAUCUCCCAAGCAACACAUCAUAUAUUAUUAUAGUUAAAUACAUAUUUAUUGAACGGUUUUUUGGUAUAUAGUUUGAAUAUAUUUACCAACCAUAUAUGGUCAAGGCAUGUUUAUCAAACUGUAGAAUAUAAGUAUAUCAUAUACGAUUCUGUUUUCAAGAAGGAGUAAAAAUUUGACAAUUAAAAAAAUCAACACGGUAUUUACAUAAGGUAAAAGUACUAGUCUUUGACCGCUUUUCACUUUAAUUCAAAAUAUUAAGGAUUUUUUUUAUUAUUGUCUUUAUAUGACUGCCUUAUAACGCCGUCUAUACAUUCUCUCUGUCAACUCAAUAAAAUUAAGAAUGGUUGCUUUGCUACAGACACCGUAAUAAAUAGUUUUUUGACAGUGCGCAACCUGUCAAUGCAGUUCAGAUCUGUUUUGCUAGUGAAACGUUAAGGAACCUUUAUACAAACAUGUAAGUGUUUUGCCUGUUUUAAUGUACUGUAGCAGGAUAUUUAUUGCUUAGGGUUUUUUUAAAUACUUAAUAUUAAAUAAAAAUUACCUCUUUGUAACGAAAAAUUAUAUAUUUUUUCAUUUAUUAAGUAGGACAAACAUUAACACAAUAUAUUUAAUGUGUACUUUAAUGAUUGACCAUUAGGACAAAUACUAACGCUUUGUUAAUCUUUACGAUUUUUUGAUAUUCUUUUAAUAUGCACUAUAGAAGUUAAAUUUUAAAAUUCCAUUAUGUAAAGAACGUAGUAGCUUACUAACCAGCUAGUAUUUGACCUACCUUUUCUUUUAAAAAUAUAAAAAAAACAUAAAUAAAAAAUGCAGUCAAACAUUGAAACAAAAUAGGUCAACUUUUGACGCAAUUUGGUCAAUCAAGCAAAAAAUGAUUAGAAUAACUAAAAUUUAUUUUAUUCAUCGAGAUCCAUUUGAAGAUGAAGAAAAUAUUCCUGAAAAAAUUCAAAAGUUCCAAGCUUCUCCUAAAAACAAUAGAUUCUCUGGAGAAGCUGUAAUACCAAGAAAGCGACAAAGAACUGAUUUAGACGCAAUAACAACUAUUGAAGAUGAAGUAAAUAAUAUUAGUAGAAAAAAUACUGCCGGGACUUUUAUAAAAAUAUUUAUAAAACUCCCGAGUUGUCUUAUGAGCAAGUCAACAGUGACUUUCCUACUCCUUUUAAGAGAUAUUUAUUUUGGCCAGACAAAGAUAACGUCAUCUGGUAUUCUGAAGAAGACGUGUUAGAGACAAUUAAUGAGCCACAACCUAUUAAUAAAAGAGGGGCUUACAGCGUGCCAGAAGUUGCAAAAUAUUUAAGUGUUUUGGAAUGAUUUAUAUUUUUUUUUCAAUACAGUUUAAUUUUGAUUUUUUUUAAAGAAUUUGAAUUUUUAUUUUUGGUUAUAAUUUUUUUUUUUGAUAAAUAAAACUGUUUUUUUUAUCAAAAAGCGUAUUAUUUCCUGUGUUGAUCAAGAACUAGUGCAUUAACCGGUCAAACACUAGCGCUGGUCGUUUUUAUAUAGGUCAAUAACUAACCCAUUGGACUUUUUAUUAAAUAAUUUUUUUUUAAUAUUUGACAUAUAUUACGGUUGUCUUAAAAGUAAUUUUCGUAAAAAUAACUAAUAAAGCUACAUGGUGAUAAAAUUGCUAACCAUUUUAAUAAAUCUUUCUAAUUUUGGUAUUACUUUAAAUUUCGAGAAGUAUCUUAAUGGGUCAAAGACUAGUGCGUUUACUUUAUCUAGUUUUUAAACUCGAUUACUACACCUGAAAUAUUUGAUGAAAUUCUUUUGGAAAAUCAGUGUUUUUCGUCUAUAUUAUCCAAUUUAAUAGCGCUGGUUAUACUCAAUAUUUAUAAAUAAAGUUAUAUCAAAUUUAAUUGAACGGUGUUUUUAAAUUAAAUAUUGCAUAUAUAUUUUCUGCAAAAACAGUGUUUCUCAUCAACAGAACCUAUAACCCCCCACCCACCCCAGAUAUUUGCAUAUUAACAAAAUCUUUUGAAAAAUCACUGUUUUUCGUCCAUAACAUCCAAUCUAAUAACGCUGUUUUUAUACUCGAUAUUUAUAACUAAAAUUAAAUAAAAUUUAAAUAAACGGUGCUAUUAAAUUAAAUAUUGGAUAUACAUUUUCUGCAAAAACAUUGUUUUUUAUUAACACAAACCCUUCACCCCCCACCCACCCCAAACAUUUGCACAGUAAGAAAUUCUUUUGAAAAAUCACUGUUUUUGUAUAAAAAAAAUUAAUAUACAUAUGUAUAAUUAUAUCAAAUUUAAAUAAACAAACUGUGUUAUUAGGAUAAUAACAACGAAACCAGCUGUCAUUCAUGCGUAUUAUUUUGGAAAACAAUGAUUUUUAACGCAAUUUAUUACUGGUAAGUUGUGAAGGGUGGGUGGGGGGGGUUAGGGUAGAGUUAAUAAAAAACGUUUUUUUUUGCAGAAAAUAUUUGCCUGAUAAAAAAUCUAUAAUUUUUAUAUCUAUACUUUUCUCACAUAACCUUAAGGUUUUCGAGUAAAACGUGAAAACACAAUAUAAUAUUAAAUUCCUCAAUCACGCGGACAUUUUAUCCAAUAUUUGUAAGUUCAGCCAAAAAUCUGCACCUGGGGUAAACUAUAAAUAAACGUUUAUUUAUCUAUCGCGUGUUGCUUGAGCUGUUAUACUGGUAAUGCUUAUUCUAUGUCUGUUUUAUUGGAAUAACUUUACAUUUUUGAAUGUACACAAGGUCGUCCUAGACGAAGAAGGAAAAUUGCAGAUUCUUUCAGUGGAAAAAAAAACGGGAACAGACAAGUUUUGCUUCACUUCCAAGCAGCUGGAACUCAUGCACUUCAACUGCAUUGGAAAUAAACAAGAUUCUCUAAGAUAAAGACGGAAAAAUUACAAAUUCUUUCAUUGGAAAAAGGAGAACAGCUAAGUCUUGCUCUAUUUCCAGGUAGCUGUAAGUCAUCCAUUUGAACUAUACUGGAUCUAAAUAAACAAGAUCACCCUUAAACGAAGAUGGAAAAUUGCAAAUUCUUUCACAAGAAGAGGGGGAACCGGAAAUUCUUCCUCUACUUCCAGACAGCUGGAACUGCAUUAGAAAUAAACAAGAUUUUUUUAGACGAAGAUGAAAAAUGCAGAUUCUUUCAGUGGAAGAAGAACGGGAGAGUUUAUGCUCUAUUUUCGGGCACAUGGAGCCAUACACUUCUCUGAAGAUACACAAGGUUCUUCUAGACAAUAAAGUGUUGCAAAUUUUUUCAGUGCAAAAAAUCUAGCUCCAUAAUCUAGAUGAUACCACCCUGAUUAUAGAUAAACCAUGCCAAAUAUCUACCUUAGGAUACACCAUAGGAAUUUGUUGGUGAGUUCCUAAGUGUUUAUGCACCUGUUGUUUGUGAGGAAAAAGGUUUCCAGGCUUGUAACACAUUUUGGCACUCAUCAACUAUGAGGUACCAUCAUAUCGCACACUCAUGAAAUUCUUCUAAUGUCUUUUUAUAAAUUGGAUAUUGAUUGUAAGUGCUUUAUACUAUUUUGCCAUAAAUAAAUGGACUUCAAUUGAAGCGAGUUUGAUAGAGGACAAGAUACAAGAGAGGACAAGACAUUUUCGUCGGAAUCCUUUUGGUCAAUGGUCUUCAUUAUUGCAGUUUAGUGGAAAAAUUAUCUACUGCAUUACAAACAUUCUCUGCUGAGUUCAUCAGAUAGUGAGAGGUUGAUUGGAUUUUUUAUUGGAGGUUUAACCCACUGUAGCUCAACUAAUAUUGAGUAAAAUUAUUUUUAUUUUAAAUUUGGCUAAAAAUCUCUCAGAUCUGUUACAAAUUAGUUCUAAAUAAACAAUAAUAAUUAAGUACUACUUUAGUUUUAAAAUCGCGAAAAAUCUACUUGCAAGCAAAGUACGAUAUUAUAUUUUAUUAUUCAUAAUGGCAAAAUUCAUUUUGCUAUUGUAAAUAACGAAAUAUACCUUAAACAAUAAGUUAUAAUUAUUUUAUUGCCAGAGUUUUCCUCUACUCUUGUUAAAUAUGUUUAAGUAACGCAAAGUGCAAAGUACAUGUUAACUGAUCAAUAAAAAAAAAACAAUACGGGUACCUUUUAGAGUUACGUUUCUAUUUUAUAAGAUAGGUUAUAAGUUCGUUUUACAUUCAGGGUUCAAUUCUUAGCUUUACCACAAUUUAUAUUAUUUUAUGUAUUGUUAGGGUAUAAAUACAUCAAACAAUUUGUCUGUAUAAAAUCGACAUUAUUGAGGUGGAGGAAAUGUUCGUUCCAGAUAUAUGAACUAAUAAAGUAAGGGGACAGGUUUACAUUGAAAAAUGGUAAUGGAGUGUGAGAGGAAUAAAAUUGAUACAAAGGAAUAUUAAACUGUAAAAAAAAUAUAUUAAAUGCAAUACUAAAAUAGAUCUCAGGUAAAAAAAAAAUAAAUCAGGGAAUAUAGAAAAUUUGUAAUAUAUGACAUGUAAAAUUAGUGUUUAUCUUUGAGCUGUUACAUCAAAGUAGACAAAAAUUUGUUUGUAGAUUUUUUUAAUUUAAAUAUUGCUGAAUAACACCAUUAGUAUAUUGAAUAUGUAUUUAAGGGAAGAAGUGGCACAUGCAUAUUGCCUGUGAAAUUAUAAUAAUCAAAAAGUCAUCCUAGUAGAACCAAAUAAUUCAUUUUUAAUAAAAUACAGGCAAAAAUAAAAACUGUCAAAAAAGCCAAAAAUCAUUUGCCUAUAACUUUUUUACGAGUCAGUUUAGGUAGGCAUUGCUAUAUAAAAGAAGAAGUUCAGUCUUUUCUUUUUAAAAUGACAUCAGCAGGUUAACUGUAUGUUAAAAAUUGACCAAGAUAUGACGUUUCAAAGUUUCAUUAUCUACGAGUCUUAACUGUACUUCUUAACCAAAAGAUAUUGCGCAAGUCAACGUUUGCUCUGUCAACAUCAGGGCUGAUCUUCUUUUUCUACAGAAGGAUGAAGAGUAUCAGUUUAAUUUUCUUAAAUUAGUACUAAUUUAUACCCAAGUUUUUGAUUGGAAGCUUCUUUAAUAGUAGAACUCAAAUUCAUUAUCUGAAUUAUUAAAGAGCACAACACCCACUAACCACCUUUUUGGAUCUAAGAAAUCCAAUAAGUGUAGAAUUUUGAAUUUCCCACAAGUUUACCUUUUUGGGCUUCACAUACCUUAACUGAUUUGAUUGUAAAGCGGGCCUACCAUUAGAUGGCACCACAAUAUAAAAGUUUCCAGUGAGUGGUUUUUGAGUAAAAAUCGAAAAACUCAAAAAGGGAUUAAGAUUGAGUAUAGCCUCAAAAAUGCACUCUUCAAUUCAUCACUGUUAAUUCGCCUUAUUUUUUCAUUAUUUUUUGAAUCCAGACAGUUGAAAGUUGAAUUUGGUGUUCAACUGUCUAGGGAUUCUUUCUGAAUAAGGAAAUUUGAAACAAACGAUAUUUUCUCUUCGUUUUGCGAAUAUCUUAAAUAGGAAUGUGUCUUUGCUUCAACUGUUAAGAAGAAAAAUCAUUAUUUUUAAUUCCAGGCAGUUGAUGUUGAAUAUCAUGAUUUCUAAAGAUUAUAAGCUAAAAAUGCUUUAACUGUUUUGUUAAAUCAAGCAGUUUAGAUUAUUUAACUGCCAACAAAAUAAUUAAAUUAUUUUAUUAAUUCCAGGCAGUCGAGGGUCAAAUUUGAGAUUGAACUCUCUAGAGAUUUAUGUUGAUGACAAAAUUUGAAGCAAAAGAUAUUUCUUGUUUGUUUUCAGUUCCAAGCAGUUGAUAAAGAAAUGUCAUUAUUUUUAAUGAAAAUAAAUUAACGAUUGUUUAAACUGUUUUGUUAAAUGGAACAGCUUAACUUAUUCAACUGCCUGGAAGAUUUUCAUUAUUUCGUCAAUUUGAUACAGUUGAGGGUCAAAUUUUCAACUGUGAAGGAAAGUGUCUCUUCUUGAACUGCCUGGAAGAAAACAGUUGUUUUCUCAAUUCAGGAUAAGCUAAAGAAUGCUUCAACUGUUUUGUCAAAUGGGACAAUUGGGAUUAUUCAAGUGGCUGAAAUAUAUUCAUUAUUUUGUCAAUUCCAGGCAGUUGAAGAUUAAACUUCAGUGUUCAACUGUUUAGGAAAAUGCCUAUAAUUGUGAGGAAGUGUCUCUUCUUUAAAUGCCCGGACAAAAACAGUUGUUUUUUUAAUUAACCAUAAACUAAUGAACUUCAACUGCCUGGAAGAAACCGCUAUUUUUUUAAUUCAUCAUAAGCUAAAGAAUGCUUCAACUGUUUUAUCAAAUGGGACAAUUGGGAUUAUUCAAGUGGCUGAAAUAUAUUCAUUAUUUUGUCAAUUCCAGGCAGUUGAAGAUUAAACUUCAGUGUUCAACUGUGUAGGGAAGUGUCUCUGCUUUAAACGCUUGGACAAAAACAGUUGUUUUUUUAAUUCAUCAUAAGCUAAAGAAUGCUUCAACUGUUUUGUCAAAUGGGACAGUUAAGAUUAUUCAACUGCCCAGAAGAUUUUCAUUAUUUCGUCAAUUUGAUCCAGUUGAGGGUCAAAUUUGGUAUUCAACUGUUAAGGAAAGUGUAUCUACUUUAACUGCCUGGAAGAAAACUGUUGUUUUCUCAAUUUACGAUAAUCUAAAGAAUGCUUCAACUGUUUUGUCGAAUGGGACAAUUAGGAUUAUUCAACUGCCUGGAAGAUUUUCAUUAUUUUGUCAAUUCCAGGCAGUUAAAGAUUAAACUUUAGUGUUUAACUGUUUAGGGAAGUGUCUCUGCUUUAAAUGCCUGGACAAAAACAGUUGUUUUUUUAAUUUACCUUAAGCUAAAGAAGGCUUCAACUAUUUUGUCAACUGGGACAAUUAAGAUUAUUCAACUGCCUGGAAGAUUUUCAUUAUUUCGUAAAUUUGAUGCAGUUUAGGGUCAAAUUUGGUGUUCAACUGUUAAGAAAAGUGUCUUUACUUCAACUGCCUGAAAGAAAACAGUUAUUUUCUAAAUUUACGAUAAGCUAAACAAUGCUUCAACUGUUUUGUCAAUUGGGACAUUUAAGAUUAUUCAACUGUCCGAAAGAUUUUCAUUAUUUCGUAAAUUUGAUGCAGUUUAGGGUCAAAUAAGGUCUUGAACUGUUAAGGAAAGUGUCUCUUCUUCAUCUGCCUGGAAGAAAACUGUUGUUUUCUUAAUUCACGAUAAGCUAAAGAAUGUUUUAACUGUUUUGUCAAAUGGGACAACUGGGAUUAUUCAAAUGCCUGAAAUAUUUUCAUUAUUUUGUCAAUUCCAGGCAGUUGAAGAUUAAACUUCAGUGUUCAACUGUUUAGGGAAGUGUCUCUGCUUUAAACGCCUGGACAAAAACAGUUGUUUUUUUAAUUCACCAUGAGCCAUUAAUUCACAAUGCUUCAACUGUUUUGUCAAAUGGGACAAGUGGGAUUAUUUAAAUGCCUGAAAUAUUUUCAUUAUUUUGUCAAUUCCAGGCAGUUGAAGAUUAAACUACUUCAGUGUUCAACUGUUAAGGAAAAUGUCUCUUCUUUAAAUGCCUGGACAAAAACAGUUGUUUUUUUUUAAUUAACCUUAAGCUAAAGAAUGCUUCAACUGUUUUGUCAAUUGGGGCAGGUAAGAUUAUUGCUGCCUGCCUGGAAGAUUUUCAUUAUUCUGUCAAUUUGAUCCAGUUGAAGAUCAAAUUUGGUAUUUAGCUGUUAAGGAAAGUGUCUCUUCUUCAACUGCCUGGAGGAAAAAAGUUAUUUUCUCAAUUCACGAUAAGCUAAAGAAUGCUUCAACUGUUUUGUCAAAUGGGACAAGUGGGAUAAGGAAAGUGUCCCUUUUUCAACUGCCUCGAAGAAAAAAGUUAUUUACUCAAUUCACGAUAAGCUAAACAAUGCUUCAACUAUUUUGGUAUUUGAUAUUUUCAUUAUUUUGUCAGUUCCAGGCACUUGAAGAUCAACCUUCAGUGCUCAACUGUUUAGGAACGUCUCUUCUUUAAAUGCCUGGACAAAACAGUUGUUUUUUUAAUUCACCAUGAUCCAUUAAUUCACAAUCCUUCAACUGUUUGGUCAAAUGGGACAAGUGGGAUUAUUCAAAUGCCUGAAAUCAUUAUUUUGUUAAUUCCAGACUGUUAAGGGUCAAAUAUCGUGUCAACUGUUUAGGGAUUUCUUUUAAUCAGGAAAUUAAAAAAAAGAUCUUUUUUCUUUGUCCUCCGACUACCCCAAAUAGUAGAGUGUCUCUUCUUCAGCUAUCUGCAAGAAAAACAAUUGUUUUUUUAAUGAUGAUUGUCAAAUAUAUCAUGAUUUUUAAGGAACAUAAUGCUUCAGCUGUAUGUUCUUAAAUUAUUCAACUGACUGGAAUAAUUUUAUUAUUUUGUUGAUUCCAGACUGUUGAGAAUGAACUUUGACAUGAUUUUUAUAUAUUCAAUAGACUAAAUAAAUAAAUUAUUCAGCUGCAAACUUAAGUUUUUAUCUUUGAUCUAUUGUAAAUAUUCGACCCAAUUUUUUUUUGUUAUCUUGUUAAAUCGUGUAUAAAAUUUCGUUUUAAUAAUUGUUGUAACUUACACAGUACAAAUAAACAAAAUCUACCUCAAACUUAUACAUAUAAAUAUUAAUCGGUAUAUACUGCGGCUCAGUGUUUAAUAAUAAUAAUUAGUACAAAAGUUAAUCAAUUGUAUAAAUUAUUGAUAAGAGAAAUGUUUAUUAUAAAAGACUUACCUAGAUGUUAAAAUUAAAUAUUUGAACAUUUGUGCAAGCAAACGCUCAGGGAGUAUCUUAAAGUACAAAAACAAAAAUGAUGUACCAAAAUUCAAAGAAAUAUUUAUAAUAUUAUGCUGUAUAUCUAGCAAUACCUAUAGAUAGUCGUUAGUAGGUAAUAGGACAUUUUUGUAUAAAAAAUUCCCGUUUACAAUUUCGCCACCUCUUAUUAAAACAAUAUUAAUAUAGUUAAAAAAUUCUUCGCUGUAAAUCUAGGUAAGUUCACGAGAAUUAAGUAAAAAAAUAUACAGGGUGAUUGACAAAAAAACCCUGUAUAUAUUAACACAUUAAUAGGUAAAACGCUGCAAGAACAUGUAUAGGAAAGAAUUAUUACUGUAGAGUUUUUUAAGUGAAAAAGGGACACAAAGAAAAGUGUUGAUAAAAAAAAGUGCGUGAUAGUAGUUUUUUUAUAUAUUAUAUACAUUAUAGUUUUGUAAUUUGCGGAAAAGUACAUGUUGUGCAGUGGCGUUGCCUGACAUAAAAAAAUUCUUUUUAAAUUAGGAAAAUAUCUCUCGAUAAGGAUUUGGUGUUAAGUGUAACUUCACUUUUAAGUGUAAAAAUCACAGUGCUGUGUAUUCAUAAAUUAAACGUUACAUUGUCACGUUACAAAUGUAAACCUCUGCUUUAUCUGAAUUUCUUAUGUUUUUUAUGGUUGACAUACAAAAAAGGUGUUACAGUACCGGAAAUUUUGACGAAAACAAUUAUUAAGUUAGAUGUUCGAUGUAAAGUUAAAAUAUCACUCUCAAGGCGAUUGGAGUAUAAACAAAAUUUUGAUUGUAUAUAAUUUAAAUGCAAGGAAUGUAUGUUUCUGUUUUACUUAUUGAUUUUAAUAAAGAAUUUGUCGUU